AGUUUUUAGGAGUGUAUUGAAGUGAUGUUUUUACUAAAAAAUUAACUAACUGUUCAAUAACAUCAAUUGUUUGUGGCGUUGCUAAUAAAGUUACGUUGUAAAAUUAUUUAGUAAAUACAAUAAAUAAAUAAAUAACAUGAUAGAAAAAAAUGAAGAAAAUACUGACAAUGACAAUCAUCUUGACAGAAUAAGAUUAAUAGCUAACAAAAGAACAUUUUUGGAGAAACAAUUUCUUCAGGUCCAAGAGGAAGUAAAAAUAUGUUUUGCUCAAUUGGCACAAACAAUGUAUGCUAGAGAAAAGCAACUUCUACGACAAUCAGAAGCAAUUUAUAGGCAACAAAUAUCUUUGGCUUUAUCCAGUCAGGAAAUUCUUCCUCCAUCUAUAGCAAUAUUAAAUGACAGACAUGCAUUGGAAGAACAAAUUAAACAAUUUGGAAGAAUAGAGCUCAUAGGAUCUAAUACAACAGCUGUAACUGAUCUAGAACCAUAUAAAAUAGAAGAAUAUCAAGAUAUAAAUAAAGAUUAUGUCUGCUUUGAUAAAUCUAUCAAGAAUACAGAAGUUAUUCCUUCUAAUACAAAAACUGAAUUUUCUUGUAUGACAGAAGAUGAAGACAUAGAUGAUGGUUCUACUGAAGUGAAAUCGUCUAAUAUAAUAAAUUUAUCAGGAAAUUCCAGUCAUAUUUCUGAUUUUCAAGAAAAGGAUUCUGAAAAAAGUGUUAAUCAUUCUUCAAAGAUAGAUACAGAAUCAAAUAAAAAUGACUUCAAUCUUCAGACUACUGAAGAUACCAAUGACCAGGAAAUUGCAAAAAAUUAUAGGAAUUCAAGGAGUAAUAUCAUAGAAGAACAACAUAAUUCUCAUAGACACACAGAGCAAGUUCAACAGUGGUUGGAUGAAAUACUUCUAAAGACAGAAAUAGAACCAACUAUUCAUGAAGUGGAAAAGUUACCUGAAAUAUCAGAUGCUUAUGUUUGUGCAAAGUUCCACUUAGAAACAUGAAAAUUGCAUUUAGCUAAGCAACUUGUUCAGUGUAUUGUUUUCACAAUAUAUUUAUCUUUAAUUUUUCAUAAAGUAGAAAAUCUCAAAUUGGGAACAAUUUUUUACUAUACUUGAUUACUUUGUAUUUCACCUUGAAUCUCAGAAUAAUUCAUUCGUUAUAGCAAUGUCCACUACGGCGAGUGCUCUAUAUACGUCAGGUCACAGUUAUUUGAGGAUUUUUUCCUUGAUUAACGAAGCGACAGGCGAAUUGACAUAUGAUUUAAGUAUAAUCAAAUGUCGUUUUGGUCGUUAUCCAUAUAUUAGGCGAGUAUUUGGGUACUUGUACGCUACAGCGCCGUGGGAUUGUUAUAUUCCUUCCCUGCUCUGUGUCAUGCAGGUUUAUACCAUGUGAGCUCGUGUGGUGAGCCGGUUUUGCUGAGUGACGCUAUAAGAUCUGUGAUGUUCUCGAGCGCGCGAAUCUGCGGUUUAGGGGAUAACGAUGAUCAAGCGAUUCCAGUUAAUCAUAAUCCAGUUAAUCACCUGGUUGAGCAUAAGUUAGGUGAGAGAAAAGAAAGGUUUGUGGUAGACUAUGCUAUGUUACAGCAGGAUAUUGCCGCUCUGCAACGAGCGUUUCCCGAAUUAGACGUUGUAGUGACUGGCAAAGUAAACCAUCCUCAUGCUAUGUCCGCUGCUUCGUGUGUUUGCAGUGAGGAAGAGGUAUUGCGCAGUCUACAUUAUAACAGCUGUGUAAAAGGUACUCUUCGUGGUGAUGAGGCAUAUAUUGUUGACAUUGGCGCUAAUUACGUGCGUCAUGUUAAGAAGGACCGAUUUAACAUCCAUUGUUGUGUUCCGUGUGUUGACGUGCGUGGUUCUGCGCGUGAAACUGAGCGAGUCGCGAUCAUGCGUGCUAUGUUACGAGAAGGGAAGAUCGGUGAGAAAACCUUUCGAGAUUAUGUGCGACCUUCUAGUUUCCAGCGGCGAUGUAUGAAAUUAGCCCAGGAUUGUAAUGUAAAGGCCGCGUAUGGUAUGGCGAUUCAUUCUCAGUACGAUAUUAAAUUUGAUGAUUUAGCCAAGGCUUUUGAUUCGCAUAGGAUUGAAAUUUUUUGGAGUGUGGUUAACUUCGAUGUACAGAUUUUUUAUAAACAACAUGGUGUUAUAACUGAACAACGUAUACAUUUUGUGAAGAAGAAUGGUAGAAUAUAUUUUUCUUUUGUAAAUGA